GAUUAUCCAUGCAGCAUGAAUGUAAAAGAAGAGUUGGAGGAGAGUGUGAAUAAAGAGUUUCUUGAAGACCCAUUAAAGGCUGGCGACCCUAGUGUUUGCAUAAAGCAAGACCCCGAACUGAAACACCAUGCUGCUGGAUCUGAGCAUAAUUCUGUUGAAGAUCCAUUGGGAAUAUCUUUGUCCACUGAUUUUAUUAAGGAGGAUCCUGAAUUAAAUAUAACUGAGAAUACUGUGGAAACCUCAAUAAGAUGUGCAUCUGAUAGUGCAAGAUUUACUCAGACUACUGGUGGGAGAUGCAGCAUAUCAUGUGAAGACCAUAGACUGGACCAGGAUGAGUUGGUGAUAGACAUGGAGAAGUCAACACAUGGGUUCAGUACCAAUACAGAAGAUCUGACUAUUGGUAAGGAAUGCUCAGUUGCCACCCAAUAUGACUGUAGUACGAGGGAAAAGGAAUUACAUGUAUAUAGCUGUAAUUUCUGCCAACAGAGCUUUUCUUCAAAAUACAGGCUCAUAAUGCAUGUGUUUACGCACAUUGGUGGAACGCAACCACCUUCGUAUGUUUGUAAGUGGUGUGGUGAGGUAUUUCACAGUAAUGUUGGCUUGAAAAUGCAUGUGAGAAUGAGUGAGAAUUGUCGAGUUUUAACUGCAGACAGUCAUGAAAAAUAUGGACAUAGUGAUGAGCAUCAAACCACUACCUCGUUGGAUAGCAAGGCAGAAGUUUCUGUCACAGAACACAAUGACCAGUCUUCAUGUAAGGAAACUUGGAAAGAUUCAAAGAAGCCCUCUAAUGACGUAUGUAACACACAUAUGACAAAUGAUAGAGAGAAAACAAGUUAUUAUGGAACUUUGUCUAUAGCUGUUAAUGUCAGUGCCCAGGCUGAUCUACUUACUGCAAACAGAACUCACAGAUGUGGUAUUUGUGGCAAAUUGUUUGCUAGGUCUGGUGAUUUCAACAGACAUGUUUCCAUUCAUACUGGGAAAAGACAUCACAAAUGUGAUAUUUGUGAGAAAUGGUUUGCCCAGUCACGUUAUCUAAAGGCUCACACAUUAAUUCACACUAGGAAGAAACCUUACAUGUGCGAGAUUUGUGGGAAAUCUUUUACUAAGUUAGGUAAUCUCAAGCAACAUUCAUUAAUUCACACUGGAAAUAAACCUCACAAAUGUGACCAUCAAACCACUACCUCGUUGGAUAGCGAGGCAGAAGUUUCUGUCACAGAACACAAUGACCAGUCUUCAUGUAAGGAAACUUGGAAAGAUUCAAAGAACCCCUCUAAUGACAUAUGUAACACACAUAUGACAAAUGAUAGAGAGAAAACAAGUUAUUAUGGAACUUUGUCUAUAGCUGUUAAUGUCAGUGCCCAGGCUGAUCUACUUACUGCAAACAGAACUCACAGAUGUGGUAUUUGUGGCAAAUUGUUUGCUAGGUAUGGUGAUUUCAACAGACAUGUUUCCAUUCAUACUGGGAAAAGACUUCACAAAUGUGAUAUUUGUGAGAAAUGGUUUGCCCAGUCACGUUAUCUAAAGGCUCACACAUUAAUUCACACUAGGAAGAAACCUUACAUGUGCGAGAUUUGUGGGAAAUCUUUUACUAAGUUAGGUAAUCUCAAGCAACAUUCAUUAAUUCACACUGGAAAUAAACCUCACAAAUGUGAAAUUUGUGGGAAAUCUUUUACUAAGUUAGAUAAUCUCAAGCAACACUCAUUAAUUCACACUGGAAAGAAACCUUACAAAUGUGAGAUUUGUGGGAAAUCCUUUACUAGGUUAGGUGAUCUCAACCAACACGCAUUAAUUCACACUGGAAAGAAACCUCACAAAUGUGAGAUUUGUGGGAAAUCUUUUGCUGCGUCAGGCUCUCUCAAGAAACAUUCAUUAAUUCACGCUGGAAAGAAACCUCACAAAUGUGAGAUCCGUGGGGAAUCUUUUGCUACAUCAGGUGAUCUCAAGACACAGGCAUUUCAACACACUGGAAGUGGACCUCACAAAUGUGGUAUCUGUGACAAAAGUUUCACUUACUUGAAUACUCUCAAGACACAUGCAUUACUUCAUGUUAGAAAGAAAAUGUAAAUAUGUGUUAGUUUAUGCAAAUAGGUUUUCGUGGUUGGUGCCCUCAAGGCCUAUAAAAUAAUGUAUGUACCAGGGGACAAUAAAUUGUACUUUCGGCGAAAUAACUUUAAAAUCUGGUAGAAUUGUGAAGAAACUUGUAAUGAUGUGUACUAUAGAGUGCUAACAGAUAAUGUGACAAAAAAAUUCAUAUCUGUAGCUUCAGAUGUCAAGAAAUGGUAUUACCAAAUACUCAAGAAACAUGAAUCAAAUGUGUUUUUGUCAUUAGCACUGCUGCUUUUUCCUAUUGAUCUUGCGACAAGAAGAUUGUGAAUUGUGAUAAAUCCUUACAUUUGUCAGUAAUCAUAAGUAUCUUGCAAUAUUCAGUAUAAGGCCAAGGAAAUGUGAUGACUUGCUGCUUAAUAUUCCAAACAAAGUCAUCAUGUAGUACUUGUAACUGUAUUUUAGAAACAGUGACAGUAAAAAUAUAUUCAUGACACUUGCUUCAUUGAGGCUAGUAAACUCAAUACUGGAGAAACAUGAUUAUAACAAUUAUUUUUACUCAGAUAUGUUUUGUUGGUACUAAUCCUGCAUUAGUAAACAUAACAACAAAUAUAAUAACCUGCUUAAUAGCAUGUUUGGCCACCUUUGGAAUACAGUACUUUGACAAUUCUACGUGAUAUGGACUUGACACAUCAUUUACAUGUUUCUGGGUGUAUGUUGCAACCAGUUGUAUUCCACACGUUCAGAUUAGCUACAUGGUAUUGUCAAGACAUCAGUGUUAGUUACCAUGCUACUCAGACCAUGCACAUGGGACAAUUAUCCUGCUGAAAGAUGCCUCCACUAUGGGAGAGCACACCAGGAAUGAAGGAAUGCAUGCAGUUGCAAUGAAUGUCACAUAGUCUGCAACUGUCAUGAUGCCUUCUGUUGCUAACAGGUGUGCCACAGGAGCCAAAGUGACUGCCCCCAAAGCAUAAUGGGCCCUCUAUUUGGUGCCAUUCAUUUAGAUGAUAGCAUAUCUGGAUGUGCAACUGACCUGGUGUAACAGGAAAUGUCACCCAUCCUGACAGUUAACAUUUGAAUUGACCUUCACACCAGCCUCAAUGAUCCCUUGCACACUGCAGUUGCAAGUGAACAUUUUGGUGGAUUGGUAUGGAAACAUACAGUGACCAUAUGUUCCAGAGCCACACAUUCAACAAUGUACAUUGAACUGUGGGUUCCAAAACGUGUAUGGCUGCCCCAGC